AUGCUCAUUGACCCGUCUAUUUGAGUAUUAAAAUUCCCACUGUCAGAGGCUAAUCAGAAAGUACUAGGAGAAAACACAGACGACAAAACCCUAAACACAGAGAAAUGCCGAAGCCAAAACGGUUGGUAGGGAGAAUCAAGCAGAAAAAUCAGAAAGCGUCAACCUCUUCCUCCAAACCACCACCACCGCCGUCUCCGCCGUGGGUGGAACUCCCUCGAGAAAUCACGGCGGACAUCCUUUUCCGGUUGGGAGCGAUAGAGAUAUUGCAAAAUGCACAGAGAGUUUGUAGUACGUGGUGGAAUGUGUGCCAUGACCCUAUCAUGUGGCGGGAUAUUGACAUGGGAAACGACAGUACUGUGGACAUAGAUGAUAAUGACUUGGACUGGAUGUGCCGCGUCGCUGUGAAUCGCAGCCAGGGUCAGUUGCUCAAAAUUAACAUCGAGCAUUUUGGAAAUAACGAUUUACUCAAAUAUAUAGCGGAGAGAUCAAGUCAGCUAAGGCAUCUAAGACUUGUCAGCUGUGAUGAAAUUUCAGAUGGAGGUUUGGCUGCAGUUGCCAAGAACUUUCCGUUGUUGGAGGAGUUGCACAUUUACUUAGCUGUUAUUAGUGAAGCUGAUAUAGUGGCUAUCGGUCGUUCUUGCUCGCAGCUCAAGUCAUUUACAUUGAACAACAUUAGAUUCAGAGGAUUUAGAAAUUUACAUUUUAAUGUCAAUGAUGAAGCUCUGGCUAUUGCAGGAAAUAUGCCUGAACUGCGACGCCUUGCACUUUUUGGGAAUAACUUGACAAAUGAAGGCCUGCGUGCCAUUCUUGAUGGCUGCCGGCGGCUUGAAUCACUUGACUUGCGCCACUGUUAUAGUAUUGAUCUUGAAGGGGAUUUAGGAAAGAGAUGUCGCCAACAGAUUAAGGAUCUGAAGUGCCCGCGUGAUUCUACUUCUGGUUAUGAGUUUAGAGCUCAGAUUUGUGAUUAUAGUUCUUCCAAUGAUGAAUACCCAUCUGGGGUGUCUGAAGCUGGCCUCUCAGACUAUUUGUUUGAUUAUGAGUAUGAUGACUUUGAUUACGACGACUUCACUAACCCAUUUAGCGGCGAGUAUCAUGAUGAGGAGGGUUUCUUUUACUGAGAUCGUUUGUUACCUGAAAUUUGUUAAUGGCUCCUGGUGGUGCAGCUCAGCAAGAGGGCAUGCUCAGAUCCAUCUGGUCUAGUGGAAAUCUUUGGGAGGAACGACAGAAUUAGCUAUUUGCUAGAAAAUCAACAAUUGUUGUUUUGCAGGUUCUUGUUUGCUGGGUAAACUGCGAUUCGAUUGUUCAGCAGGUUCUUGUUUGCUGGGUAAACUGCGAUUCGAUUGUUCAGCAGGUUCUAGGUUGCUGUUUGAAUUGCCAUAUUUUGCUGCUCUCGUAGCAGUUGAAGUGUCCGGGUUUGCACAUUGUUGGCAGCAGAUUGUAAUUGUAGUUAUUAAGGCAGACCUUAAUCCACUACCCUUAGCACUUGGCUGCUCUUAGAACUACCAGAUAACUACUGUGUUCUCUCCUUUUUUGUUUGGUUCAUAACCCUUUCGCAUAAAUCGCAUUUGGUAAAUUUCUUAGUC